UGUGUGCACUGUAGAGCUUCUGCUGUCAGUUAGAGUGCUUGUACUACCGCUGAUACCUGUCGCUCCGAAAAAAAUCUAUAUAAAAGUGUACAGCAUUCAUAAUUUCUUCUUUAUUUGUUGUCCAAAGGUGCUACACAAGAGAGUGCUGUUGCUGCGACAACAAACAAGAAGCGUCGGAUCCACGAAAAGCGAAUCGCUUCACCGAGAGGUCGAGUAGUGGAAAGCACAGCAAUCAAUAGUUUUACAAUCGACCAUUACCAGCCCGUUUAAGAAGCAUAUCGCCUUCACGUGAGUCCGUAAAGUUCUUCCUUGACUUGAGCGAAUGAGCAGCACCGUCGCGAUGCAUCACCGAACGACAUCUAUAUGGAGCGUGAUCGGUUGCCUGGCAGUCCUUGCCGGAACCUCCUGGGCAGCGUACGAAAGACCCUCGUACGUUCUGCCCUGUCGGAAAAGUGAUCCAGAAAUUAACAAAUGCAUCAAAAAUUCGUUCAACUACAUCCGGCCGUACAUUGCCAGUGGGUUGGCAGAACUGAAAACUCCCCCUUUGGAACCACUUCGGAUCGAACAGCUCGCUAUGGAGAACAACGCCGGAGCGGUGCGGAUCAAGGCUCUCUUCACCGACAUCGUUGCUCACGGUGCGGGCAACUACACCGUCAAGGACGUCCGCAGUGAUGUCAAGAAGCUGAGGAUCGAUUUGAGCUUGGGCAUUCCCAGAGUAGAAACCCGCGGUAAAUACGAGGUCAUCGGCAACGUGCUGCUGCUGCCGGUGCGCUCCAACGGAGAAUUCUGGACAGAGUUCUCUGAUAUCAGUGCCAUCGCCAAGAUCUAUGGUAAGCCGGUGGAACGAGAAGGAGAAUCUUUCAUGAUGAUCGAAAAGAUGAUCGUAGAUUUCACCAUGAAAAAUGCCCGCUUCAAGGUCAAGGACAAUAUCAACACCCAAAAUGUGUUAGGCGAAGCCAUCAACCAGUUCCUGAAUCAGAACGCCAACGAACUUAUUCAGGAGAUGAGACCAGCGGCCUCGCAGAGUAUUGCCAAACUGUUCCGCAAGUUCCUGAACGAUGCGUUCAGCAACAUUCCGAUACGGUUGUGGCUGCUGGAUAACUAAGACCCUGUCGAAUGAUGCGAGUUCGAGUGCGAGAGAAAAAGAUCCCUAGAUCUUUGCUGAAUGUUCGAAUGUUUGUGAAUAGAUGAUAAGAGCUUCUGCCUAGCUGCUAAGUGAUAUUGAUUCAGCGUAGUGAGAAGUACUCUGUUUUCUACAUAGUUGGUCAAUAAUAGCGUCAUACGUUGGAUACGAAAUGAAUAGUAAUUUAAAUUUCUCGAAAACAGACCAAACCAACAAAAAGUUAUUAUUUAUUAAAGAUGUAGUAUUACUGUUGUAAAAUGUGUCUUCUCUAUUAAACUAAUGUUCGUGGUUCUUUGUCGAACGCUGCCUCUCUGAAUUAGACACGAGGGGUAGAAUGAAAAGGAAAACAGAAACGUACAAAAUCUUAUUGCGAAUUAUAAUCGUCUAGCCCGUAAGUUCAAUUUGAAUGUAAAUAUAACUAAAAGUAUUUUAUCGUGUAUUUUUAUAUAAAAUUGUAAAAUCAACACGAGGAAAGCCGAAAUAAAAAAAUAUACGUGAGCAAAAUCAAGGAAA